UUCUUACCCCACCCACCCUCCCUCUGGUAAGGACGUGCAACGGUUUUACUCUAUUCUUAUCUUGUUUCAUCUAGGCUUGGACGUGUUUGUGGGAAACCAUAGUGCCAUAGGGAAAAGUGUUUUGAAAAUUUUCUGUACUAUGGUUGCUUCAUUAUCAUCUUUUGUCAAUCUCCACAUAUAAUCUGUUUCUUUGACAUGUUGGUAUUUUCAUACUAACAUGUUAUUUCUCCUUUGAUCCGAUGCUAUCUCGACCACUUCUUUGUUCCGGAGCCUGCUUCCUUUUCGUUAUCCUCAUGGAACUACGGUUACUCCACUGUCUUGCGUGUCAAGUGGAUGUUCUAGUUUUUCUACCCUUGUAUCCGGUUGUAUGGAUCUCAUGUGUACUUGAACCUUGUAUGGUGUACCUUGAUGAAUUCUAUGGAGUGAUGUGUUAUGUGAUCUUAAAUCCUUGUUCUAAGCUUUGUUCUUAUCUGUUGUCUCAACCGUCUUAUGUUUUCCCUCAACAGGAUGGUUAGACCUCCGCCACCUCCUCCGCUGGGACCAGCCCUGUUGCAAAUGACUCAAUUGUUGAGCCAGAUGCAGCAAACCCAGCACAACUUCAAUCAAGCUCGUCAUGACAAUGGUCGAGUGAUGAUCCGGGACUUCUUGCAGUUGAACCCGCGAUCGUUCGACUCUACUCCUGAACCGCUGGAUGCAGAUGAUUGGGUGCGCGAUGUCAACCGCAUGCUCAACACAGCGGGAGUCGCCCCAGAAGACAAAGUGCGGUUUGCGACUCACCUACUGAAAGGAGGGUCCGCAGCAUGGUGGGAGAACUUUCUCGAGAUGCGUCCCGCCAAUGCUCCUGAUGUCACUUGGGAAGAAUUCAGGGAAGCUUUCAGAAGCCACCACAUUCCUGAAGGGCUAAUGGACAGGAUGAAGGAGAAAUUCCUCAGUCUUGUUCAGGGUAACAAAGAUGUGAUGACAUACAGCAUAGAGUUCUCCAAGCUAGCUCGCUAUGGUGGCGAAGAAGUGUCUACUGAUGCCAAGAAGCAGAAGAGGUUCCGUAAUGGCCUCAAGCCGGCACUCAAGUACGCGCUCACUCAUGUCUCGAUGGACACCUUUGACAAGCUGGUCAACACUGCUAUCAAGGAAGAGUCGGGUAGGCUUGCGUUCGACGAGUCACGCAAGCAUACUCGAGAGGUUGGUGCUCCUUCUUCAGCGCCGCCUCAGAAGCGAAGGUUGUGGGUUCCUUAUCCCGCGCCGCCAGGACAAGCUACACAAGCUGGGUAUGCUCCCCGCGCAGCACACGCUGGGUAUGCUCCCCGCCCUCCCACCCCACAGCUUCAGCAGAGGACCUACCAAGCUCCGCCAAGGCCUGCUUAUGGUGGACCAAGGCCGAUGGGUCCACGUACCGACCCCACAUGCUACAAGUGUGGUCAGGUUGGGCACAUCUCUACCUUCUGCCCUCAGAAGCUUCCUCCACCACCACCUCGCUCUACCUCGACAAAUGCGAUGGUUCGUGCACCAGCUCAGGGCCGUGCCUUCAACAACAACACCAGGCAAGGUCCGAGGGCUGCUCGCGUCAACAACAUCAACGUUGAGCAAGCUGAACAAGCUAGCGACGUCGUGCUUGACGCCGACGCAGAGCAGUACGAGCAGGAGUACGAGUUCCCUCUGGAGGAUCGUGUCGGUGCUUCUACCUCCGAUCCGACAAAGCGUGAGUGGACAGUAAAGACUGACACCCACAAGCUAUCUCUGUUGUCAAAGAACCUUGUCGUCCCUGAAGUGACAAGAGGAAGUGGGUGGAGAAAACCAAAAAUCGAGUAG